GUCCUCUCGUCACUCUCUCUCUCUCUCUUCUCUUGCGCUUUUUUAGCCCCCUAAGCGACGCCGCAGUCCUAAUUCCUUGUUUCCCAUCGCCGAUUCUUCCAUGGCAUCCUCCUUCUCUUCUCCUCCGCGUGUGGUCGACGAGUGCCGAGGCGUCCUCCGCGUGCUCAGCGACGGCGCCAUCGUCCGGUCCCAGAACCCCAGCUUCCCCAUCCCCGUCGUCGACGACGGCUCCGUCGAGUGGAAGGACGCCCUCUUCUCCCCCGCCCCCCACGCCCUCCACCUCCGCCUCUACCGCCCUCGUCGCAGCCAAGCCCCCGACGAGGGCAGGCUCCCCGUCUUCUUCUACUUCCACGGCGGCGGCUUCUGCAUCGGCUCCCGCACCUGGCCCAACUGCCAGAACUACUGCCUUCGCCUCGCCUCCGACCUCCGCGCCCUCGUCGUCGCCCCCGACUACCGCCUCGCUCCCGAGCACCGCCUCCCCGCAGCCAUCCACGACGCCGUCGCCUCCGUCGAGUGGCUCCGCUCCCAGGCCGCCGCAGACCCGUGGCUCGCUGAGUCGGCCGACCUCGCCCGGGUGUUUAUCUCGGGUGACUCCUCCGGCGGGAACAUCGCCCACCACCUCGCCCUCCGGUUCGGCUCCCCUGCCGGCCGGGCCGCGCUGGCGCCGCUCCGACUCCGGGGGUUCGUCCUCCUGAUGCCUUUCUUCGGCGGGACCCAGCCGACGCGGUCGGAGGCGGAGUGCCCCGACGAUGCGUUCCUGAAUCGGGAGCUCAACGACCGGUACUGGCGACUAUCGAUCCCCUCCGAGGCGACGCUGGACCACCCGCUGGUGAAUCCUUUGGGGCCGGAGAGCGCGGACCUAGAGGCGGCAGAGGUGGACCCGAUACUGGUGGUGGUGGGGGGACGGGAUCUGCUGCGGGACCGGGCGGCGGAGUACGCGGUGCGGCUGAGGGGGUGGGGGAAGCCGGUGGAGCUGGCCGAGUUCGAGGGGCAGCAACACGGCUUCUUCACGAUCGACCCCUGGUCCGAACCCUCCGGCAAGCUGAUGGGGACGAUCAAGCGGUUCAUGAAGGACAACGGCGGCGGUUCGAGCUGAACCCGGUCGAGUUCAAUUCCUCAAUCUGCUACACCUUCAGUACACGUGCACGGCUUAGAUUAUUUGAUCGAAGGGGAGAAUAAGAUAGGAAGAAAUCCUCAAGUCAUUUGGUGUUUUAUUUGCAUUGUUCAAUUGGAUCAGUCUAUAUGGCAAGAUAUGAUGGGCUUUUAAUGAAUCUUUUACGGUUAAUCUGA